AAUUUACAGCAAAUCUGUCCAUUUUCGUAGAUCUUCUGCUCAAAAAUGGGUUUAUGCUUCCUAUAAUUUAUUGCAAUAACAACUCAUGGAAGAAAUUAAUAGACACAACGGAGGUGGAUGAACAGUUUAGCAAAUUGCCUCUCUGGAUUGCCCAUUACACCCAAGAUCCAAAUCCCGAAUAUCCAGAGACUUGGAAAUCGAGAGGGAAAAAAUGGUGGAUGUGGCAAUAUUCGGACAAGGAAGUAAUGGAGGGAAUGAUCAAUCCUGUUUAUUGUAGUAGAAGAAAUAAAUUACACUUUAUUCAUGAUAAAAUGUUUCGUAGUGCUGUUUAAUUUUUUUGAAAUAAAAUCAAGAUUAGAAACUUUUUUAUAAAUCGCUACAUUAUAUUAAGGUUGUUUUCCGAAAUAAAAAUAAAUUUUUAGUUUAAUUUGUUUUCAUAAAAUAUUUAAAAAAAAUUUCUUCCUCUCUUCCAUUAAUUACUGACAGCAAUACCAAGCAUACCCACUAGAACAACAAGUACUUCCAGCAUAACCGGGAGCGCUGUAACAAUUUCCCCAACCACAACUACAUAUUGCGCCACAUAAUCCUCGUCGUUUGCGUGCUUUAGCACCAUUCGAACCAAAAAUUC